GUCGGGGGCCCGCCAUCGAAGUUAUUGAAGUUCGAAGAUAUCACGCUGCCAAAAUGUGGUGCUGGAUGUAUUGUCUCCUGAGCUGCAUCGCUUCCAUAUUGGGGUGGCUUUUUUUAAUCACCGUCGUGGCCAAUGUAGCUUUUGGACCUGCUCGUAUCCAAGCAUUCAGGGAUAUGAUCUUUGCCAUGAUGAUGAACUCCUCGAUAAAGGACGCUCAGAAGGUGCUCUUUGAAAGUACCAAGAAGGAGCUCUUCUCCAGCUUGAAAGAAGUGAAAUCGGCGGAUCCGGAGAUGCAAAAGAAGAAUGCGUUGAAUAUUCUAGAGGUGGGUGUCGGCACGGGCACCAACCUCGAGUACUACCCGGCCGGCUCGCGGCUGCUCAGCGUCGACCCGAACGCAGCGUUCGAAGCCUACUUCCGGCGCGAGUGUGAGCAGAAGGCGGCGCACCUGGACCCGGACAUCCGGUUUGUGGCGGAGCGCGGCGAGUCGAUGCCGUCGGUGGCCGACAGCUCGGUGGACGUAGUCGUCGUCACGGUCGUGCUCUGCAGCGUCGCGCACGUGGACCAGAUGCUGCGGGAGAUUCUCCGCGUCCUCGUGCCGGGUGGCAGGUUCUACUUCCUUGAGCACAUUGGAGACGAGCCGGGAACGUGGCGGCGUCGCUUUCAGAACGCGGUCUCCGACAGUGGUCUGUGGCCCAUGUUGUACGGCGGCUGCAUGGCCAACUGCGACCUGGAGGCGGAGCUGCUGGCAGGCGGCUUCAGCACUAUGGAGCACCACUCUGUGUUUCUGGUCGAGAACAAGAUGAAGCCGCGUUCCAAGCCUCAACCGGGCAUCGACCCCAUCAACCCGAUCCUGUAUGGGGUGGCCACCAAGUAACACGUGUGCUGCCGACCCAGGCCUGGCUGCCGCGCCUGACAGUCCAGAGCGCUGGCGCGAGGGAGUACGCCCGCGCACUGGGUGCAACUAAUGGCACUCUAUGACUGAGUGGAUUUCAUGCCCGGGCUUUCUACAGCUGUGAUUAGCAUUGAUGCAGGCUACCUAUUGUAAUGAGUAGGUUGUAGAGCAAUUAAAGUAGUGGUGAUGGUGUCUAAGGGGAGCGGUUUAUAAUAUGUUUAAGAGGAAUUCAUUUAGUUCAGUGUGUGUAGCUACUGGUGUGGCUACUGGGGCAACGAACGAGCCGUACUUAGGUGCUGAGCCUCUUCCACUCUUAGGGGUGAUAAUGAAGUUAGCCUCUUUUUUAGGUAAUGAGUUAACCGUCGUAUCUGAUAUUGAACACAGAUGACGUGAUUUUGUGCAUUUACACACCAGGAGGAAACAUUCUUAUGCCCAAG